AUGAAAAUUUUCUCGUGUUCAAUAGUUCUUGGAAAGCUCGGAUUAACAGUUGAUGGAGUGAAGAAAUGUACAAAGUUUGGGCCGAAGCCGACUCAUCCUAUCGGAAUCCGUCGCAUUGGUCUUGAUCUUGCGAACUAUAUUAACAAAACCGGUUCAAGUACGUCUGAUAACUCGUUAACAAAUGUAAAUGCUACUCAAUUGCUCUGUCGAAGGUGUUUCGAAAAAGAAACGAGUGGAAUGCGACAUUUCAACAAUCUGGAUCUCAAUUUUAAGGUCGAAAAAAUGGAAGUUGAAGAAGGUUGCAUUUGGAGUGAAGACGAAAAAGGAACACCAAAAGCAUCUGAUGUCAUAGAGGCAGAGCGAGAAUACGCUGUGAGAAAACUUAAUGAGGUUUUGAAGAUCUUCAAUCUUGAACCAAUUGUGCCACGUAACACCAUUCAAAGCAAAGAAAAAAUUGACAAGGUUCAUCGAAUGCUCCAAGAAUGGCUUAAUUGUGUGAUUACCACAUCAAAGUUAGUGCCGAUUGUGUCCUCACAACAAAGAACAACAUUGAAACCACAAACAACAAUUGAGAGGCGUUCGUCUAUUGACUUUUCUGCAUCUGAAAUUGAAGAUUUUUUCCAUCGACUGCGUUGUUUGUUCAAGAAAAGUAGCUAUCACGAACAAUGUACCUCACACCAGGCGCGCGCUGCUAUAUCGCAACGAACGGAGCAUGACGAUUUCUCGAAACCGACGGAUCAUCGUGGAAAUAAAUCGCUGGACAUCAAAACUCAGCAAACCAUCCAGGAUUUCUAUCUUGAUGAUGAAAUAAGCCGACAAUCACCAAACACGAAAGACACUCGAAUUGCGAAAGAUAUUGGAGUUGUUGUUAUUAGAUACUUUCAUAUCAAGGUUAGUCGAUCAAAAUUCUUCACGUUAAGACCGUAUUGGAUUCGACAAGAUUGCUCGCACCAGGUUUGUAUGUGCAUACAACACCAGAACAUUGAUCUUUUGUUAACAGCGCUGAAUAAAAAGCUAAAAGCAUGCUUGGUUGCAAGUGAAUUAAUUGAUAAAACAGUGUGCGCUGAUCCUUCCGAAGAUUGCUAUUUUAACCGCUGCGAUGAAUGUUGCAACGGCAAAGUAUCUGAUCUGUUCGCGAAUGGCUACAACUUCGAUGAACAGUUUCAUAUUUCUUGGUCUUUAUGGACAACCCGAAACAAUCAUGUCGAAUUACAACACUUCACUAGUUCUUUCAACACUAUUAUCGAUGAACUAAACAGCCGUUGGUCAUCCUUCAUAACGCAUACAUAUAUUACUCGGAAGCAACCCCAUUACAUCAAAUCGAUCAAACUGAAUUCUUCGUUAACCACGUAUUCUGUGGUUCAUGUCGAUUUUGCCGAGAACUUCACAUUUGUCGCUCAAAAUGAGGUUCAAUCGGCCUAUUGGAGUCAGAAACAAGCCACCGUUUAUACUGUUGUCACUCAGACUGGCGCUGAUCAUCGAAACAUGGUACUGAUCUCAAAUAGAAUGACGCAUGAUACAGCAUUCGUAUGUUGCACCCAAAAGAUUAUAGUUGCGUUUAUUCGAGAAGAAUACCCCAAUGUUCAUAAGAUUCACUAUGUUAGGUAUGAAACCACUUAA